UACAGGCCGCGCAUAAUGAGGAGUCUGCGAACGGUGCAGCCGUUAGAUAACAUUUUGUUGCAGCGUAUUAGGAGUGCGGUGUGCAGCCAACCCGAAGGACGUCCAAAAACAACAAUACCGGUCUGGGUUACAAAAUCACAUUGUGAGACGUCGCUUUAAUUACCUGCCCGAUCUCAACCCGGCACACGCCGAGAGUCAAUAGAAGUUAACAAGUCCUCUAAACUUUCCUGCUCCUUUUGUUCACACUAAGGACAAAAAAAAGGAGGAGGAAGAGGAGGGGAUAGGAGCCCUUUGAAUCUUCAUGGUUCUGAUCUCACCCCGCGCCAUGCAAGCCACCCGGGCGUCCACCACCGUCAGUGUGUUUGCGGACUGCAGCGUCCCGGCCGGGCUCCGGAUAGGACCGGUACCGGGCGUCUUCAAGCUGGGGAAGUACCUGUCGGACCGCAAGGACGUCGGACCAAAAAAAAAAAUCCGUUUGGUCCGCGGAGAGUUCGUGGACGAGUCGGGCUGUUCUGUGCCCGAUUGGAUCGGAUUCAUCCGCGCCGCCAGGAAUAGCCAGGAACAAAACCUGGAGGCAGUGUCGGACUUACCUGGCGGACAGAUUUUUUACCGAGUCCUGAGAGAAAUCCCAGCGGGAGAGGAGCUGAGUGUGUGGUACUCCAACCUUCUCGCCCAGUGGUACGACAUCCCCACCACGGCCACUCCCACGCACGACGAAAAAGGUGAGGAGCGUUACAUCUGCUGGUACUGCUGGAGAAUAUUCAAAUACCCCAACACCCUCAAGGCCCACGUCCACUUCCACUGCGCUCUGAGCAACGGGCGGGGGUUCGUGAGCGGCGAGCAGGCCAGAGGUACAGAGUCGUACAGUAGGUCGCCCAAGUCCGGAGACAUCCCCAACACCUCCGGCCACAGCAACUCCUCGGACUCUAACCGGCGGGCGGUGUCCUCCUCGCCCUUCCCCAGCAACAAAGGCGGGCUGUCAAAGAAAAGCAGCUCCGAGGAGCAGGACCGGGCCCUCGACAUGAGCGUCGCGUCAGCCAGGAACCAGGGACACCUGAUAGGACUGGGAGCCGCGUCUUCAGUGCUGGGUAGCAUGGGUUUCCAUCCGGGCGUGCGGUCCGCUUUCAAGCCGACGGGCGUCUCUAAAGUCCCGGGCGCAGAGGCGUCCAGAGAGGAGGCCGGCGGCAAGCUGAGCGGCCUCGGAUUCAGUAAACUCAUCGGGAACAUGAAGCCAAUCCGCAACCUGGGCGAGGGACUUAACGGGGCCGGGAGCCACCCACCAAAGUGCGCGCCCGCCAUCGUGGACUCCACGUCUCAGAUGGUACCGUGCGGGAAUCCCAUGCGGGGGUUCCCACUGCUGCCGCACGUGGAGGAAACGUCGGCUUUCAAGCACGUCGAGAGUCGAAUACACACCGGGUUGUCCCCCUCCCGGUACCCCCAGAUCCCCCCCGGUUUGCACUUUGAAAGGUUCUCACUUCCUCACUUCGACGGCGUGAAGACGUACGGCGGAGACUGUAACAUCCCGCUGAUGCCCUUCACCGUCUACAACGGGGAGCUCCUGUACAGCUCCCCCUAUUACCCGCUCAAAUUCCACUUCAGCAACCUCCUCAAGUACCCGGACUCCGUGCCCUACUUUGGCGCCCCCCCGCUGAGCCAGGACCUGGGCUCCAUCACGAACAUUGACCGGGAGAUCGCCAUGCACACGCAGCAGCUGUCGGAGAUCACCUCGGAUAAGAGUCGGGCUCGGCUGGACUCGGUGCCCGCCGGGAGCACCGGCUCCACCGGCUCGGGCAAACCCAAGAAGGGCCACCUGUGUCUCUACUGCGGGAAGCUGUACUCCCGGAAGUACGGCCUGAAGAUCCACAUGAGGACUCACACGGGGUACAAGCCUCUCAAAUGCAAAGUGUGCUUCAGGCCCUUUGGAGACCCGAGCAACCUGAACAAGCACAUCCGGCUGCACGCGGAGGGCAACACGCCCUACAGGUGCGACUUUUGCGGGAAGGUGCUCGUGCGGAGGCGGGACCUGGAGCGGCACGUGAAGUCCAGGCACCCCGGACAGACUUUGAAGAAGCUGGACGACAAACCUGGCGGCCCGUUCGACGACGCCGACCAUAAGAGCGACAACGACAGCGACGUGGACGUGUGCUUCACCGACGACCAGAGCGACCAGGAAUCGAGCAAAAUCAAUGACUUAGUUUUGUCAGAGACGAUUUAAUGGGAACUUUCCCCCCCUCCUCCUCUUUGGUGUUGCAUGAAGUAAUAUCUGCAAAAGAAAUGUCACUUCUUGAUCGUUAUUUUCCGUUACAUAUGGGGAAAAAAUAUAUUCAAAUAAAAUAUCCACAUUUUUUCUUAAUUUAAAUAUUUUUAUUUAUCACUCGGUUGUUUCUGGAAUGCGUUCAGUAGGCCAUUUGGGCUUCUCACGAUAAAAAAAGUCAAAUAAUAAAAAAGCAGCAGCUCAAUGCAGCAGCCGUUCUGUUUUAUUUUCUUUACAAAUCACUUUUUAAAAAAUCGAAAUAAAAACAUUGUUUUCACGCAGACAGACGCUGAAUCCACCUGCGCGCAAAACAAACAGCAGUCAGUAACAGUUGUUUCGUUUUUUAAAAAUUUAUUUAUUAAUUUUUAUUUCAAGCCACAAA